AUGUGGAGGGGAGAAGCCGUCUCCGCACCCAAAGUAGUCGUCCAUCAGCCCAACCAUAAGAUAACCGCCACUUCUUCGACAACUGCUAAUGAAAACCAAAACAAUAAUCAAAUUCAAACCAAUCAACCGUCAGUCCAAUACAUAUAUUCUCCUUCUGGUCUGUUUCCGGCACCCAUGGGUCGCACCACCAAAGCGGGUCAGAUCACCAAAUCUCGCCAAAGAUUCAAACUUUUAGGAAAAUUUGUGGCCAAAGCUCUUAUGGACUCACGAAUGAUCGACAUUCCCUUGAGUCCUAUUUUCUACAAAUGGCUUCUCACUCAGGAGUUGUCUCUCAGUAUCGCUGAUAUGCAGCAAAUCGAUUCGACGUUUUCCCGGUCUGUCGUCGAAAUGGAGAAAAUAGCGCAACAAAAGCUCAAAAUCCAAUCCUCAAACGCUGGGAAUAAAGAGAAAAGUCUGGAGUCAUUGAAACUACACGGAUGUAGUAUUGAGGACCUCAACCUCGACUACACUCUACCCGGUUAUCCAAACAUUGAGCUGAGGAAAGGCGGUCGAGAUAUGGGUGUCUCCAUCGAUAACAUCGAACAAUACGUGCGUUUGUUAUGUCACUGGACUUUAGUCGAA